CCCAGCAUGAUGGCAAUGAGCCUACGACAUCAGCAUCCAUACUAUUCGCUCCUAACAAAAUCACGAUGGAGGACCUCAGACAAGCUCACCACCACUUCUCCAAAGUGUUGCACUACCUCGAAAACAGCCCUGCAAGCUCGCCCAAGCAGGUCUCGCGUGUAUGCCAGAACUUAAUGGAGACCUCAAUUGGACUGUCCAUGCGAGCUCGCGAAGGCGCUGAACGGAAGAAGCGUGCGGAUCAAGCUCUUGAUUACGGCAAGGCGGCACUGGACAAUGUGCUGAGAUGCCGAGAUGUAUGCAUGAUUGCGCAGGUCCAAUUCAUGCUGGCCUGCAUGAGUGCGUGGAGAGUGUACCUGGAGGCGAGGGUGAGUGGAAUGGAGCCUAGGAGACAUCCGGGGAGGGAAAGGGUUGAGAUAUUGAUGGCAGAGAGGCUGGGGGAGUUGAGGGCAUUCCAGAAUCUGGAUAUGGAGGGGUAUGAGGCGCAGGCGAGGAAGUAUAUAGGUUAUCUGAAUAAGUCGCCCCGAAAUCAAGGGUGGGAGUGAGGUGAGGUCGGUAGACCCCUGGCGUUCGCGAGAUGAUUGUAAGGGAAAUAUAAAUAUUUGUACUACAGUCUAUUCAAUGUAACAGAU